CACCCCAUCUCAGGCGGUGUGGAAUCCUGGCUGUGUUUAAUUGCAGAGUGGCAGCCAGGCAAAAGAUCUGAGGGACAGAUCGGGAAUCACACGGAGCCGCUGCGUCUGUCAACACUCUACAAGCCCCAGUCCUGAGAAAGGAAAGACAGAGAGGGUAAAGAGAGGAAGUGUUUGGAGUUUGGGAAAGGGAGAGUGAGUCAGAGCAGGGAAUUUUUACGCAUGGGAACGAGCAGCUCUUGGAAGAAGGCAGAGAGUUAUAGAGAGGCUUUGAGAGAGGUAGAGCAGGAAAGGGGUGGAGAAACGGUGAAGUAAGACCUCAAGUGAGUGAAUUAGAAGAAGGAGAGGUGGAGGAAAAAAACUGGAGGGAGGGAAAGAAAAGAGGCCCAAUGCUGGAGAAAGAGCAACAAGCUGCUUUGGGGAAGAACGUGAGAGCGGGAAAACAAGAGUAAGUUAGAAAAAAUAACUAGGAGGAAGGAAGGGGGGGAGCGAGACGGGCAGAACAAAAAGUUGAAGGGGGAAGUUGCGAGAGAGAAACAGUAUGUGUGAGAGAGCAAUAAAUGAGAGCAGACGUUAGACGAGAGCUGCGCAGAUGAGAAAAACAGUCGCUGUGGAUGGCCUGGGUGGAGAGAGAAUGUGGAGACCAGUUGCUUUUUAAGUCAUUUGACCGGACGGCUUUUGGACUGGUAUGCACUCGGACAAUACGAUAUCGGGCCAGCGUGAGUUCCGGACACCAUCCUGCCAUCUCUGCCUGCAGCAUGAAACCGCACGGCCCCAGAGCAUACUGAACGGAUCAUGUCUGCGCGUGGAGUCCGGAGUAUCACAGCGGACGGUCACCCUCCCGUUCCCAAAAGACUUGGCAUUAGCCGACUACAGACCAGAGAGGACGGGAAGCUGUGCGACCUCUUCUCCACGCCAGGUGUAUGCUGAGGAAAUUCGCCAUCCAUCUUACUCCUGGGGGGAUGUGAGGCCGGGCAGGUGGGAUUGGCCAUUAGACUCCCCGCACGCCCCCUGCACGUGCGUAAGGGAGAUACGCAGAGAAUGCGGCUGCGUCCAACGAUGGUAUUAUCCAGAACGCCCCUUUAAUGGACGCCAUGCCCCGCCAAACCCAAAGAUCAGAGGUCAAAGGUACUAUAGGGAGGUCUUGUAUGUCUCGGAGCAGCACUACAAGGGUCACGAUCAAGGAGACGAAGAUCUACGAGAGCCUCAGUGGGACAAUCGUGCAUCUACCUAUAAUGGACAUUGCCAAAAGAGACGAGUGUCUUUCAAGAGCCACGAAGAGCGGCACGGGAUCGACAGUCUUGAGACUAGCAGACAAUCGAGUCCAAACAAGCCACGUUAUAACGGGACAAACUCUGGACCGACAGCUUUCUUUCCCACCGAGGUUCCCCCGAGCAAGCUGGGUCACUCGAGGGUACGUGGAUCCAAACAUGGGCUGGAAUUAAAAACGUCUACGGAGGGUGAAAGUCCGGAGAAUCAUGGUAACCAGAGGAAGAGUCAAGGAACAGUACGUGAACAGAUCAAACAAGUGGUCACAGAGCUAGAGGAAGUGCUGGGUGGUCUCAAAAAGGUCCAGUUGGAGAUGAAAGAGGUUGUCCAACAGAUUGACAUUUUGACAUCCAACAUUGACCUUAGUGGAGAGGAACCAAGUCUAUCCAAUGGCUACCUCCACGAUGCACGACAUAGGAGCAGUAAUUACACCAACUCUGUUUCUUCUGGUGUUCAGGAAGAAUCACCAAAAGAUCAAAGUGACACAACACCAGAGACUUCUGAUUCCUCUAUUGCCCAUUACCAGCUCGAUGUGGAUAUUGUUCAUAUUAACGAUCCUGCAGCGAUGAGAAACCACACAAACCUUUCUCCUCCUGACCAACGAUCAAUCACAGCUCAAAAUAACAGCAGGACUGUCGUCCAACAGAGCUCAGAGCUUCACGGGAUGAGGAGCACAGCCAAUGGUACCUGCCUACCACACCGAACAAACAAAGUCAAAACUAACAGGCACCAGCAUCAUAAAGGAGAACUGGAAAAUCACAGGCCACCUUUUUCACUAGUGAGUAAGAACCACCGGCCUCCACCUUAUCCUCAGAACGGCCAGGUGAAAACACAGACAACCCCCUGCCCUGGAAAACAUAAGACAAUCUCCUCUACUAUAGUGUAGAGAGACUGAACUUACCAUCCCAAAAAGCCUCUUAUAACCGAAGAAGACAACACACUUAAACACACAAUAACAGAUGCAAAUGCAACACGCACACACACGUAUUCAUUUACAAAAGAUGUUUUGCCGAAGGACACUUGGUGACAAAACUCAGGGGAUUGAUGCCACAAAGCUCAUCUGAGGACAGAAACACUCCGAACCAAAGGGCAGUGACUGUAUUUCCCAUGGAAAACUCAAGAAACAUCUGGAUCUCAGAUCUUCUUCAGCGUUUCAUUGCAGAGAUAUUUUGACAUAUCUCUGCCUUUCAACAUUACCGAAGAUAUACAUAAUUUAAUAUAUAAAUUACACAGCUGUCAUAUUUCUUCUCAUGUUGACUUUGACCCACUGCAUUUUAAAUGAAUGUUUAUCAUCAUAACAAUACUUUUCCUGUACAUCAUGGCAAAUCUAAUGGUUGUGUUGCUCUUUUUCUUAUUUAUGCAUUUUCUGACUGUUGGACAACAGAACGUCUGUAUGGUUGGAUUUAUAGGUUAAGUUAACAUAACAUUUAAAGCAACACCAAAGAGUUUUUUUUUUUACCUUAAAAUUACGUUUCCAAAAAAGUUUCAGUCGUUCAUCCACUCGAAACAGGGUGAACGGCACUUUCACAUUCGCUUUGCAGCCCUCUAUCGGCCAAAACCGCACUAAAGAAGUUUCCAACCGGUGAGUUUGAGUGAAAACUACAAAAACUUGCUUUACGGCAGACCUACAAUCCAAUCAGAGCCAGCUAUGCUGCAGUAUUUACGACAGUGGUAAUGGACAAUUCCGCUUCUAACCUGUAGGGGGAGCAAAGAGCAAACACUCUUUAGUGUUGCUUUAAACUUUAUCUCAUCUCAUAAACUUUAUCUUUAGUCUUGAGCUCUUAGAUGUAUGCAAAUUAUUACCAAUGUUCGUGUGGAUUUGAAAGACUGUGAAUAUAUGCUGAAAUGCUUUACCAUUUCUUAAUAAUGCCUUAUAUUGAAAAGACCAAAGAUGGACAUGUUUUCUUCAGAGAAGCUAAAGGAUGUAUACAAAUGUUAAGCUAAAUCUAAGCUAAAUCUAAUAUUAUGGCCUGAAGGCAGCUCACUAAACCACAUCUGAAAGGUUGAUAAAGUGAAUAAUCUUUACACAUCAUUGAAGCUGUGGACUGGAAUUAUUUAAGCAGUAUUUAAAGUCAUUUUAUUGACUGUUGUAGUCUUGUGUUUUUACCCUGUGGUCAACAGAGGGCGCUGCAGGCCACAGAACAUUAUAAUGGAAACGGUUUAUAAACGUGUACAACUUGAAACAUGAAAUAAAACAUUGUUUCAAACA